GACUGUUCGCCGCUAUUCGCACUAUUCGCGACUAUUCGCUAUUCGCUAUUCGGGUUUUCCAGACACCCUUAACAACCUUGACGCUCCACUUGCACUACCAGUGCCACUAGCACUGCUGCCACUUUCAUCUUUCUUUGAGCCUUCAUCGACACUAGCUUCCCGCUCGGUGACGUUCUGCUUUUGACGAUCUCCACAUUUGUGACAAUAUUUGGCCUCAAGUGGACAGUUUUCCCCACAAGAAGAGCACAACGUUUUCAAAAUCGAAGGGAAACAAUAUGGCUUCCAUGAAAACGUGGAUCGGUCCAGAACUCCCCAGCCAUGAUUCCGUCUAAAGAAAACUGGUUUGGCAGUGUUACACACGAAAUUGGACAAUGGCGUCCCUAGCUGAUGUGGCAUUGCAUUCAACGGAUGGAAAGGCAUAUUUCCAGCGGUUAACACGACUCCUCAUGUGUGGAGGGGUAAAACUUUUAAGAGAAAAGUUCGAUUCCAUUCAUUCACCUGCAGAUCUUCCCCUCAAGCUAAGUGCUCCCGCUGUAAAGAAACAGCUUAAAACAGCAAAGCUCACCAAACCAGAAUGGCAAUGCCUUUACCCUGCACCGGGAGUUUAUGGUCAGUCAACCGAUUUUGACAUUACCCUAAUCUUCAGACUGUUUAAAACAAUAUGCAGCCUUACUGAACCUGUUACUGGAUGGGACAAUUUGCCAAACAGUGCAGACCACAUCCUUGAAGCAGAUUUAGCACGGAUAAAAUACUACCGUAACUCAAUUUAUGGUCACAAUCAUAGUAUGGAAAUAACAGAGGCCGAAUUUUCUCGGCUGUGGAGUGAAAUAAGCGACGCUCUAUUGAGAAUUGCUGAUAGCAUAAGUAAUGCAAAGAGAGAUGAGUGGGAGCAGUCUAUCAACAAAUUUUUGCGCGAUCCUUUGACACCAGAGGCAGAGAGAGACGUGGAAGAGCUUCAGUUAUGGUACAAGAAUGACAUGGAUGUUAAAGAUAGAAUGGAACUGAUGGAAAAGGCAAUAAAGCAACAGACUCUUCAACAAAGAGAACACAACGACUAUGUGUGCGCUCAGAUUCGCAUCCUUGUGGAAAGCUUUGAACAACGCAGACAGCAAGAAGAAACCAGACGAGAAGAGUGCACAAUUCCUAUACUCCCCGCAGAUGAACCGGGAGAACUGCAAAGAAGUCCUCAGCUUCCUCCACAAGAGAAUAACAUCUGGAAUGUUAUUUUAUCAUUUAAAAAUGCAUUUGAUCGACUUGUACAAUACUUGCGAAAUACACUCGGAGUUAUUGUUCAAAGCUACAACGUGGGAAGUUUGUUACUAACAGUAACGUGCAGUUCAUUGGAAAUCCUGCAAGAUCUGUGGCAAGAUUACUGCAGUGGCCAUCUCAACGAAGUGGUCCAAGAAACACUUGUAACAGCUUGCGUUUUGGAACAGCUUUGCCUUAGUGAAGUGAAACUGAAAACAAUCAUUUCUAAGGAUGAGUACCAAGCAUGUAAAGAGUUCUUCAUGCGCAAUUCAAGACUACUAACAGAAAGCGAUACUACUACUGACCAACAACUGUAUGCCGACGAAACAGGAACUAGAGAAGGCUCCGCUACCAAUACAAAGGCAGAGGAAUCUAAUCUAAGGAGUACAAGCAAAACUGGUGCAAGCCAAUACCCUAUACCACAAUCAACCGGUGCUUCAAAUGUUACGAUGCAAGGAUGUUCUGGUGUUGUUGUAAUAGGCGGAAAUUCUUCCUUAACCACUGGACAGACACAUGUACAUUCACAUGCUCCUCGCCAAGAGUCCUCUGGGGAUGAUAUUAAUUACAAGGCAAAGUCUGGUUAUGUUCUGGUGAUAAACAACUAUAUCUUCCCUGGGAGGGAUGACGUUGAGCGUACUGGCUCCAAUGAUAACGUAAGGAAUCUGGUAAGUCUCUUUGAUGACUUCAGCUUCCAACACAGGCUAGAACACAACCAAAGUGGAAGUCAAAUGUUAGAGUUACUGAGAGGCACAGCAGAGAAAGACUUCUCAAGAUAUGACUGCUUUGUGUGUGUGAUCCUUAGCCGUGGAAAAAACGAUGGGAUCUAUGGUACAGACGAAGCGGAACUGAUUACAAUUGAGGAAAUCACGUCUCUCUUCCGACGCAACGAGUGCCCCUCACUGGAAGGAAAACCAAAAAUAUUUCUCAUCCAAGCUUGUCGCGGCACUCAACAAGAUAGGGUACCUGUCGAGAGUGACAACGACCCCAUUCCACUUUCAAGUUCAUCUUUACCAGCAGAUGCUGACUUUCUCAUCUGUUUUGCUUUGGCUCCAGGCUAUCAGAGCUACCGUCAGGCUCACCUUGGUUCAUGGUUCAUCUCGUCUGUUGUUGACGUGUUCAAGGAAUAUGCAGAAAGAGAGCAUCUAAUGGAUAUGAUGUUGAGAGUUAACAACCGUGUUGCUGGAUUUUACAGCAAGGAGGGUCUGAAGCAAAUGCCAUGCCAGGUCUGCACGCUGCGAAAGAAAGUGUUUUUUGAUCCAAAGUAUAGCAGGAAAAAAAAGAGUGAAAAAAUAUCCGUCACAUGAAAGUUUAAUGUCACCUUUUUUUAAUCCUGUCUGGCUGAGCCCCAGCUAACUGAACCGUGGUUGCAUCAGACAAAGUAUUUAUUUCAAUUUGUCAGAGCUCCAGAGUAACAACUUUCCGCUUUAAUAGCAGAAUUCAGUAACAGAUGUUUCUUAUUACUUUACGUUCGCCAUAUUGCUGCCCUUCAAAGCGACACCAACAUUUGGUAGCCUGCAUAGCAUGGGGGUAACCUUCCCCGCAAUAGGCCUGCAACGCGGACUAUACAUUUGGGUGAAACAUUUAUCCGACUAGAUACCUAGAUAGUGGAAUGGUUCACCGUGAUAUUCAACCUUGUUUGGAAUUCCGGAAUAUGGGUUGGUUGGGUUCAGAAAUUAGACUGCUAAGACUUGUGUGCUGUUUUAGAUUAAGAACUAAUUAUUUAUCGAUAAUUGAUCGAUCGUACUUUUGUAAUUAGUAUUUCAAACAAGCUACAACUUUGUUAUUAUUAUCAGUGAAAUAUCAAUGGACAGUAGUUAAAGUUAAAAUAUUUUUAGAAUAAACUGAGUUGGUUACUUGUCAUAAACUAUCUUUCAGUAGACACGAGCGUCUUCAUGGGCACUUUCCAGUCGACAAAAAAUUUUGGUUUGAAUUUCUGGAAAUUUCUGGUGGGGAAUGGAACACCAUGGGCUCUUUCCAAUUGAUGAAAACUCUGGUUUGCAUUUCCACAAAUUUCCAGUGACAAAUGGAACAUUUUCUGGAAUUUCCGCUUAAGAGGACAACCUCGCGAGGUAUGCGAAAAAUUUUCGCAAAGUUCUCACCGGGAAUUUCCGUUCCGUUUGAUUUUCUUCUCAGAAUUUCCAGAUUUUUCGGUUGAAUGGUUCGCAUUUCGAAAAAUAAGCAAUUUUUGGGAUUUUCCGGAAAUUUUUCAAGAACAUUUCUGUACAAUUUGUCUUCAUGUCAAAAGUUCCGUAUUUUUUAGUUGAAUGAAUGGAAAGCGCCCCAUGUAUCGCAUUGAAACCCCAACUAUACCGUAUUAAAUUCUAUUCACAGCCACCAGUCAGAUUUAUUUUAGUAACUCAACAGUAACCUUCUUAGUCUCAAGGUCAAAUUAUUAAUUCUCCCUACUGAAUCUCGUACGUUUUCUUUGAUGUCAGUUCUGGGAAUUUAGUGCAACAUAAAGAACACAACCCCUUUUUAGCAAGUUUCCUCCGGGGAGGGAAUGGAAAUUUACUGGUGGACUCCACUCCUCUAGUUUACUCCCAAUCCAUUUAUUACUCUUUUUGGUUGAGUUCAAGUUUUACAUUUCUGGUGAAUUUCUGAAGGUAGCUCACCAAAA